UGAUGCACGCGAUUUAGUACAUACUAGCGGACGGUCGAGUGAACAUGUCUGUAGCUGCGCUCGGUGCCAGUAAUGUGACACACGAGGAGGAAGAUAUUUCAGUAUUACUGGCAAGCUGUGAUCGGGACAGUGCGGUUUGGAAGGAGAUUUUAAUUGAUAAUGAUCUACUGGGUUCUCUGGAAGAUCAGUUUGUGGAUUUCGUUCGAUAUACGGGUGAUUCAGUUCUAGAUUUAUUGGCAAACGAUGAGCCAGUAAUUGAGCAAACAGUAGAAGAUAUCGAUUUCUCUAGCAUUGAUGGAAAAGAGGGUGAAUUAUAUAACGGGGUGGAUAAGCUCCUACCCACCACCAGCGAUAUACAGUCAAAUGGUAGGAAUGAAUAUUGCACUCAGAAAAAUGUUUCCCAUUCCGCAGGUGAUGCAAUGGAUUUCAAGUGCGGGGUUUGUUUGUUGAUAUUUAAAAUUAGAGCUCACCUGAUUAGACACAUGCUGCUAAAACAUAACCAGAUAGGUGUUCACAAGGCUGAAAAGAUUUACGGUCGCUGUCGCCGAUGCAAUGAGCUUUUCAAAACGACUAUAGAAUUAGAAAAACAUCUUAAAAAGGAACACGAAACUACACUUUUCUGCGACAUUUGUUUGCGAUUGUUCAGUAACGCAGGACAUCUUGAGCGUCAUCGAAGCUAUCAUGGCGGGGUGAAUCCGUUUGUUUGUGAUGUAUGCAAAAAGCAGUGUAGAAAUUCGAGUCACCUACAUUUUCAUCGUCGUACACAUUUUGUGGCCGAUCAAGGGUAUCGUUGUAAAUACUGUGAUAAACAAUUUUCCUCUGCAGGAAACUGUCAUAAGCACAUGGCCCGUGUUCACACUAUGGAAAAACGCUAUAAAUGUUCCCAAUGCACGGAAGCAUUCAUCUACACUCGCCAGUUGAAAAUACACGAGAAGCAAAUUCAUGCAUCAAAAUCAUAUGGUCCUCACGACUGCGAACGGUGCGAUCUUGCCUUCCGGGAUCGCGAAGAGCUUAAAAGUCAUCAAAAAGACGUCCAUUAUCAGAAAGACCGCCCGCACGCAUGCGACCAGUGUUCGGCCCGGUUCAAGCAAACCGGUCAUCUAAAAACGCACAAGUUGACCCAUUCCGGCAGCAAACCUUACGGUUGUGAUAUCUGCGAUAAACGCUUCCUAACCGGGCACGAUCUCAACGUCCAUAGGCGUUCGAAGCACAGUAAGGAAAAGCCUUUUCAGUGUGAUAAGUGCGGAAAGGCGUUCAUCGUUGGUUAUUUACUUAACCAACAUUUGCUCAAAUCUCAUGCUACUUUAAAUGCUAGCACCAAAAAAUAGACAAUAGAGUUGACCAGUUGCUUCUUAUAUGACAAUAAACUAUAUGUAAACUUAA